UGUGUGUGUGUGUGUGUGUGUGUUAGUUCGUUAUAAAUGUUAGGUACACCGACGUCACCAGCACACUUUCGAUUUAACGUCCAAACACGUCGUUAUAUAGGCUGCGAAACAGUUGUGAUCGAAGUUGUAAUUUAAUAUAUCAUAUUAUUCAGACGGAAUAAUAUCUGCGAGUACGCAGUCGUGUCAUCGAGUUCCUGACGUCGUUUAGUGUGCCGGUUUUAGUACCUACCUAUCCAUUAAGAUGGGUUCAACCAAGUUGAACAUUGUUUUGGUUUUGUUGCAACUGACGAGCAUGUGCAUGUGUCAAAAGUUCAACCCCGUGUACCGGGGGGGACCGAUCACCACGGACAGGCAGAUCGCAGCCGGCCAACAGCAGUACACGAACGACGCGGCGCUGCAGUCGGCCGUCGCCGGCGACGUUUACCAACAAUAUCCGGAACAGCAAUACAACUACCCGACACAGGCGUACUACUAUCCGCCACAGCAAAAGCAAAUGUUGGAGAAGCAACAACAGUCUAGGUUAGAGCAACAACGGCUCCAGCUCCAGCAGUUGCAACAGCUCCAGUCGUCCUGGGCCGGUUACUACCAACCGGCUGUGUCGCCUCAGCAACAGCAGUACACCAGUGACUACCAACAGCAAUUGCAGCAGCUACAGCAGCAACAGCAGCAACCGCAGCAACAGCAACAGCAGCAGCAGCAGCAAUAUUACCAAACAGUGGAGAAACCACUGUUCAGGCCUGCUGCCAUACCGGUAAACGAGGCGCCAGCCGAGGGCCCGCAGCAACAGAAGCCGAACAGCUUGUACCAGCAGCAAAACGGCGCGUUGGCCAAUCAGCAAUUGCCACAAAACCCGCUGGGAGUGUACUACUCGUCGGCCGCCGACGUGUCGAAAUUUCAAUUUUCCGGCAACGGUGUUAACUAUUCGUAUUGAAUAAUAAUUAUGUGAAUUUUGUUAUGCAUUUUUUUGUUUUGUUCUGUUUUGUUUUUUUUAAUUAUUAUUAUUAUUAUUA